UGUUGCAUUUGCAUUCGCCAAAAAAAAAGAGAGAAAAAAAAGCUGGGCGAAAAUGCCAACCGAAUUGGUGGGCCAAAAUCAAGUGAAUCCCAUCUAAAGCAGAGUUUAAGCAACCGAGGCGUGCCCGAGCGAGGAGCAGCAGCUGACCACCAGCGGACGAGCGUAGCGAGCGGUAAGAGAAGUGCAUCGUUCAGCGUUCAUCGUUCAGCGUUCAGCAUUCUGCAUUCUGGCGGACAUGAACGAAGAAAUCGUGCGCGAGCAGCGCGGCGGCGAGGAAUCCUCAUCCUCCGUCUCGCCAAAAACUGCAGCGGCAUCGAUGACGUUGGCCUCGGCGGCCUCGGCCUUGGAAUCGCAGGCGCACUCGCAUUCGCACUCGCAAACGACCAGCCCAGCCGCCAGCAGCGCCAGUCCCGGCAGCAGCAAUCCCCCCACCACCAUUGGAGCAGCUGCCUCUCCAUCGCCAUCGCCAUCUCCGCUGGCGUCUGGCGGGCAGAAGAAACACCCGAUGCAGCUGGAGCAGCAGCAGCCGCUGCCGCUGCCGCAAUUGAACGCCACCGAUAUGCGCGAACUGCGCGAAAUCAAGCAACUGCUGUGGGGCGACAAUGUGCGCGAAGAUGUAUUCAAGCGUUGGUCUCAAGGAUUCGAGUUUAGUAAAGUGGAGCCGUCGGCAUUAGUCCAAAAACAGGGCGGCCCAUGUGCUGUGAUAGCGCCGGUGCAGGCGUACUUGCUUAAGAUAAUUAUCAUGGACAUGCCGGGCGUCAAGCUGUCGGAGAUUCCCUACGACAAGUGCCAGAACCUGCUGAUCCAGGCGCUGUGCAACAUCCUGAAGAACUGCAGGGCGCCACGAUACCGCAUCGUCCAUCUCUUGCGCCGUCGUGGAAACGCCACGGAGGAUGGUUCAACCAAAGAGCGCUCGCCAGCUGCCGAGGCAGGAUCUGCUGCUGGUGCUGCGGCUGGCCCAGCCGGAUCGUUCGAAGAGGCAGCCGGAGGCGUGGAGCUGGCGGCCGAGGCCACACCCGGCUCGGUCAACGAGUGGCUGCAGGAACAGCUGUCCAAUCUGGAUCCGCAUCGAGAGCUGUCGCCGGAUGAGUUCCACGAUCGCCUCCACACGCUCCACUUCGAGGACAUCGCCUCUGUGGCCCGCUACUAUAUGGAGAACUACGGCCAGCUGGCGAACACUUACGGUGUGCUGCUGUUUAUGUACUCGGUGUUCCUCACCAAGGGCUCGGAGCUGGUGGCCGCCGACAUAUCGGACACGUCGGAGCCCCUGAUACACAGCACCUAUGGCUACGGCGGCCAGUCGCUGAUCAAUCUGAUGCUAACGGGUCGCGCCGUCGCCCAUGUCUGGGAUAAUGAGCAGGAUGUCGGCGGUUUGAAGCUGCGCGGCAUCUGCGAGCAGAGCGACAUCGGGUUCAUAACGCUAAUGGAGCAGAUGCGCUACUGCACCGUGGGCUCAUUCUUCAAGAAUCCACGCUACCCCGUCUGGGUGAUGGGCUCCGAUACGCAUUUAACCGUUCUGUUCAGCAACGAAAAGAGGCUUGUCUCGCCAGAGACGCCCUCGGAGACGGGUCGUCGCAUCUUCAAGUCCUACGACCCGGAGGGUAACAAUUUCAUAUCGACCACAAUGCUACGCGAAGUUCUUGCCGCCCUGAAUUUGGUCAGCGAGCCGGCCUACGUGGCGCUCAUGCAGAAGCGCUUGGAUCCGGAGAACUUGGGCAUCAUACUGCUGAACGCAUUCAUGGACGAGUUCUUCCCACUGGAGCGCCGCUCCACGCCGGAUACCUUUGAGCUGAUGCACUACAACGGCAUACCGGGCUCCAAUGAGAGCAACAGGGUGCGCUACUAUUGCGGAUCGGCCAUUCUGCUGGAGGGCGAUCUGAAGUCGAUCUGCACCUCGAACCCGAUGGUCACCUGCCUGCAGACCAAGUGGCCCAACAUCGAGAUCAACUGGCACGACACCCACAUGCCCUCCUUGAAUUGACGCCGUCAAGGGGGCCAGGGGAAGUCGCAGCCGCAGCAGAAGCAAAAGCAGAAGGAGGGCAGGAAACCAAAAGGACGUGGGGGACGCCCAGGAGUGGAGAAGCCACCGCUGUAGACACAACAAGAAGAGGAAGCGAUUGCACGUUUUUAUUUCAAACACCCUUCAGUUUUUUUUUGUAUUUAUUUGAUAACAAUUUUGAAUACUGCUGACACAACAAGAUAUUUAAACUCAGCAGCUAAACACUAACAAAUGCGCUUCAGAAAGGAGCCGCAGCCAUGUUGAUGAAUCCGCAGGAGAAUAUAAGAUUUACGCCAAGCGUUGACUCACACAAAACCCACAAAAAAGGUAUAUUCCAUAUGUGCAUAGCUCUAUGCAGCGUGGAAAAUAGAAAACACAAAAAAAAAAUGUAAAAAAAAAACGAAGGGAAACGAAAGAACG